AUGAAACACAAAAACGAAACCGGAAGCAAUGGGUCUUUCUUCAAAAAGAUUCUCAACUUCAAACCCAUGCGAAAGCACAAGAGUAAGAAAAAUCAUCAUCGCGGUUCUAUAUCGGACAGGUCUUCUAUCAUGUAUACCACCGAGAGUAACGGUAAGUCGGAUAUAGCUACAAGACGAGUAGCAUCUAAUAAUCGACCGCACGGCAACGGGAGACCUCUGGACUUACCGGAGAUAGUUUCUAUAAGAAGCAAUACGGCCCAUGAUGAUGAGACUGAUGACACGGAUGAGGACGGGGAGGAUGAAGAGAGAGAUAGAGACAUAUAUGGCGAUGGAGAUGGGGAAGACAAUGACAUAGAUGAUUAUGAUGGCCUAGAAGAAUCGUCGUUUACGAAGAAUAAUCAUCACGAUGGCAUUCAUCCUUUCAGUUCACUCAAGGAAUCUCUAAGGAACUCGUCCAGAACACUGAGUAAGCAUGAUAAAAAGAAUGAAGUACGAGCACUGAAAGAGUCAAAUUCUAAAACAACCGGCUUAUUUAAUAUUGCAGUACCGCUCGAUACAAGUACAAAUACAAAUACUAAUACGAACCAAAAUAUGAGGACAAAUACAAAUGUUAAUUCGCAUGCGCUCACACACUCAGGUACAUUGAACCCACACAAUAGCAACUAUAACCCCAGCUCAAGUUCAGAAGAAGAGCAAGAACAUUCGAACACACUAUUGAACUCUCUUAUUACCAUGGCGCAUAAUGCAGCAUCUCAUCUGCCGAAAAUCAAUGUUAAGGAUGUGGAUGAAACUGGGAGUCCGCUUUAUUCGCCCAUAACACCAGUUGGAAAUCACAACAACUUACAAUCAAGCCCACGUGAUCAUAAUGGCGAUCAGCGAUCAAACAACUUGAAUCAUUCGCCAAAAGGCUCUAACAGCAAUAAGGAAUAUGCAGCUGACGGAAAUGAGCAAGACAAUACAGUCAUCCAUAAUACAAUACAAGAAAGUCGAACGGACUCUUUUUUAAGGAACCUGGAUUUCUUGUUAUCAUCAUCUGGCAAGGAAAGUGACGAAAAUGGAAACUCUAAACAAAAUCAACAGACGAAAGAACCAUCAUCCAACAUUUCAAAUGAUAAUAAUUUACGCUCAAUUACAACAUCUAAUUCUACAAUGAAUAACACACCCAAAAAAAAGGCUAAAAAAGGUCCUGAUGGUAUUAAUAAAGUUAAAUUCGAACCCUUAACAGCAAAAUCACCCGCAAUUUCAACAUUUGGUAGUGGAAAUCUAACGUUAGAUGAAUUUGAUAGUCCGGCAUUACUGUUUUCUUCCACCCCAGAUAAUCAUUCAGAAAACUCCACGGAUAAUGAUAAAAUUAGUCUUACGGCAAAAACGGUAUCUGCAGGAGCAUUUCAAAAAUGUAAAGGUGAUAACGAGCUAUUAAAAGAUGUAAAUAUAACAUCAAAAAUGUCUGCAUCAGAUACUAAUAUUAAUCAAAUGAGAAAGAGAAGUACAACAAUGCCUGAUGGAGAAAGAAGGAAUCCCAUAAGUCCUGAUCUGGGCCAUAAAAAUAUAGCAGAAAACAAUCAAAGUGAUUAUAGUAAAAGAUACUCAAGAUACUCCAAUCUCUCACUUGAUUAUCCAGAAGACCUUGAAUUUGAUGAAAGAAAACCUAGAAGAUUGUCUAGAAAAUUUCUCAGUCGUAGAUCAUUUUCGCCAACCAAUAUUGGGAUGAAAGUAAUUCCUACGCUUGCUUUAAGAGGUUCAAUAAACAAAGUACGAACGAGCGCAGAUUUUGUAGCUAAUGCAACGGCCUCAGCUAUUGGAAAUGAUAGUAUUAAUGAGAAUGGACACUUAAUUGGUAGACCUUCAAGUGUACAUCGAAACUCCAAAGUGAGAACAAGUACUUCAGGAGUAACGGAACCUUCUUCCAUCAAUUUAGAAGAUGACAGUACCCCAGAGUUAAAUGAUAUUGAAUUUGCAAACGCUAAAAGAAAUGCAGAGUUUCAUCAUUUAUUCAAAUUGGCUGGUGCAAGGUCAGAUGAGCGUCUAAUUGCGGAUUAUAGCUGUGCGUUAUCUAAAGAUAUUCUUCUACAAGGUAGAAUGUACAUAUCUGAUAAGCACAUAUGCUUCUAUUCGAACAUUUUGGGGUGGACUAGUACCAUCUUUAUACCGUUCAAAGAAAUUGUUCAAAUUGAGAAAAAAACUACAGCAGGAAUCUUUCCAAAUGGUAUCGUGCUCGAUACUUUGCAUACCAAGUAUAUUUUUGCAUCUUUCAUUUCUAGAGACGCGACUUUUGACUUAAUUACAGACGUUUGGAAUCAAAUUAUUUUGGAUAAAAGACAUAUCAAUACACAAAGGGCUUCAAGCUCAUUUAAUGAUGAGUCAAAUUUUCCUAGUGACUAUAGUAGUGAUGAACUUACGGACGAUAGUGAUUUCAAUAAUGAGGAUAAUGAUUCAAUAACGGAUUCUACUGAUUUGACUUCAAGUGAUAGUGCCAUGGACGAAGCUACUGCAAACAAUAAACAAUAUCCAACUUCAAUAUUAGGACCAGCAAAACACGCACCAACUAACCCAGAUUUUAAGCCGGCAGAAUCGGAAAAACUUAUCUCUGAAACAGUCAUAGAUGCACCAUUAGGAAAAGUGGUAAAUAUCAUGUUUGGUGAUGAUGUUUCAAACAUCGAGUCUAUAUUGAAAGCACAAAAGAAUUUUGAAAUUUCAUCAAUUCCUACUAUUCUGGAAUCAAAAAAGAGAGAGUACAGCUAUACUAAACCUUUACCUGGUAGUUUCGGUCCAAGUAAAACUAAAUGUCUCAUUACCGAAACAUUAGAGCACUAUGAGUUGGAAGAUUAUGUGAAAGCUGUUCAGAUCUCAAAGACUCCGGAUGUUCCUUCUGGUAACUCUUUCACCGUCAAAACAACUUUUCUCCUGUCUUGGGCUGCCAAUUAUUCUACGAAAAUGUCUGUCUACGUUUAUAUUGAAUGGACCAGUAAAAGUUGGAUAAAAGGUGCUGUUGAGAAAGGUACUUUAGAUGGUGUAACUGAUAGCACUAAGAUUUUGAUCAAUGAAAUUAGCAAGCGUACAAAGUCAUCGGGGUCAAAUAAGAAAACUGAACAAGAAGGGGAUGAAGUUUUUAAUUUACCAAAACUGGGGCCCAUUACUCACGAACAAACUGAAAUUCCAUUUAAAAAAGAGAAAGAUGAUGUCAUAGUCGAACAAGACGUUGAUAUACCCGCGCCAUUGGGUACGACCUACCAAUUAUUGUUCGGUGACGAUACAUCUUAUUAUAAAAGAAUUAUUGAGAAGCAGAAAAAUUUCAAUAUAUCAGAAAUACCGAAAUUUGAAAAUGGUUCGAGAGAAUAUAUUUAUACUAAACCUUUGAAUGCCUCAGUGGGUCCCAAGCAGGCAAAGUGUUUCAUUACUGAAAAUAUCGAGCACAUGGAUACAGGCAGUUAUAUAUCUGUAAAGCAAACCAGUAAGUGCCCGGAUGUUCCGUUUGGUAGUAGUUUCGUUGUUAAUACUAGAAUUUUCUUAUCGUGGACUGAUCACAAUACAACCAACUUACUAGUAGUUACAAAUAUCGUGUGGUCUAGCAAGACCCUAUUGAAGGGUACGAUCGAAAAGGGGUCUAUAGAUGGUCAAAAAGCAUCAACCAAAAUUCUGGUUGAAGAGCUUAAAGAUAUUAUAGCUUCCGCUGGUACUGUCAGGAAGAAAUCUAGAAAAAGAAGCAAAACUAUGAAACGAUCCAAAUCAGGCUCAGGCGCUCCUAAAACUAAAUCAGUUUCUUCUGAAUCUUCUUCAAAUGGUAGCUUCAUCAGUUCUUUGAAUUCUUUCUUACUUGAGGGUUUUGAUUUUACGUCUAUCAGGGGAAUCGCAAUUAUACUAACAACAUGUUUCUUUUUUAUUUUUCUCAUUAGAUUCAUUUCAGGCUUACGACUUCACUCUAGUGAUAUCCAGUUCCCUAAAUCAGGUAAAAUUGUUAUUGAUGGCACUGAAUAUAACUACACUCCUAGCUUCAAAACACUUUAUCAAGUCUACGAAGAAGACAUCAAGAAAUCUAAUAAAGAAAAUUUUAAAGCUCACAGGAAUGUUAUUCAAGAUGCUGAAGAGAGUCUUUGGGACUGGCUUGAUAAUCGCGGUAAUACCUCGGUGCAUACAGAUCAGUUUCCAAAUAAAGAUAAUCACUUCGAAGAAUCCAAUCCGUUGACAUCCUACCAAGUUCAAAAAUUGAAAGACACUGUUGGUAUAAAGGAGUUACAGUUAGAAGAAAUGAAGCGACUUAUUCGUAAACAGGAAAUUUCAGAUUGA